GAGUCCAAAACCGGAGAUCUAAGAAGCAUAACUAGCUGGGAUGUCUCCACAGUCCAAUCACAAAGUUGUUCAGUCAUCGCUUCGUUCGGAUUUGGGGAUCAGCAGUAACUGAAAACCUAUAAGAAGAUGCAAAUAUUCGUCAAAACCCUAACCGGGAAGACUAUCACCCUCGAGGUCGAGAGCAGCGACACGAUCGACAAUGUCAAGGCCAAAAUUCAGGAUAAAGAAGGCAUCCCUCCUGACCAGCAGAGGUUGAUUUUUGCUGGUAAGCAACUGGAAGAUGGCCGAACACUAGCUGAUUAUGACAUCCAAAAGGAGUCCACUCUUCACCUUGUUUUGAGGCUUAGGGGAGGAACCAUGAUCAAGGUGAAGACUCUCACUGGGAAAGAAAUUGAAAUUGACAUCGAACCAACUGAUACCAUUGAUCGAAUCAAGGAACGGGUUGAAGAGAAAGAAGGAAUUCCUCCAGUUCAGCAAAGGCUUAUAUAUGCUGGGAAGCAACUUGCAGACGAUAAGACAGCGCUCGACUACAAUAUUGAGGGUGGCUCUGUGCUGCAUCUUGUGCUUGCACUCAGGGGUGGCUGUGUCUAGAUGGUCCUUCCCUCAAAAUACUAGACAGAACAGAAUCUGCUCCAAAUUUAGUUUCCGGAUAAAAUCUAAUGGGUUUGCAUAUGAUCUGUUGACAAAUGCAUGGAACAUAUAUGAAUUGAAUCCCUCAGACACAGAUGUAUUUUAUUAGUAUAAAUCUGCAUUGUUU